AUGUAUCUUCUUGCAACUACAUUUCUUACCUCCUCCCUUUUCACCUCUCUUGUAGCAAGCGGAACACUUCAACAACUUGAGCCGCGAGCUAAAGCUGAUAAAUGCACGCCUCCAGUGAACUGCUGGAGCUUGUACAUGCGCUGGGACAUGGAUCCCAAAGCCAAUCUGGAAGAUUUCGCGCUGGUUCUAAUGAGGCAGCCCAAAGAGCUUGAAAUCGUUGACAAAGACUGCAAUAUCGUCAAAACUUCCAUGGAGCAGCCGGACCCGAAAGGGCCAAUUACCGUUAAGAUGGAGGGGAAAAACCCCAGUGAUUUGGUCAUUACUGGGGCCGAUGGCUAUGGUAGACCCGAGUUUACAUAUAAUAAUGGACAAUACGGUAAAGAGCAUUGCGGAUGGAAAACGGGACCUGAUUGGGCUUCAUAUAUUUGUUUAUUUCUCUUUGACGACUGA